AAUUACGGAAACGGAUAUAUAAAGUUAAAAACAGUUCGUUCAAUUGUUUCAAUCAUUCGGCAACUUUGUUACCGGGUGUUGACGUAAACUUAUUAUUUUGAUAUUUUGUAUAUUUUUUAGUUAAAAUACGUAGAAUAAAUAAUUUUAAUCAUGUCGGUAGCAGUAAAAGGUAUUUUUAUCGUCGGCGCUAAACGCACACCGUUCGGCACGUUCGGGGGCGUGUUCCGGAACACGUCCGCAACCGAGCUGCAGACCAUUGCGGCGACAGCGGCCCUAAAGGAGGCGGGAGUCGCUCCCGAACAAGUCGACUCCGUGAUUGUCGGUCAAGUUAUGUCGGCUUCUCAAACCGAUGGCAUUUACACACCACGACAUGCAGCGCUCAAGGCAGGGAUCCCCCAAGAGAAGCCGGCGUUGGGCGUGAACAGGCUGUGCGGGUCGGGUUUCCAGUCCGUCGUCAACAGUGCACAGGACAUCCUGACGGGCGCGGCCCGCGUGUCGCUGGCGGGCGGCGUGGAGAGCAUGUCGCAGGCGCCGUUCGCCGUGCGCGGCGUGCGCUUCGGCACGGCGCUGGGCAGCGCGCACGCCUUCGAGGACACGCUGUGGGCCGGCCUCACCGACUCGUACUGCGGCCUGCCCAUGGGCAUGACCGCCGAGAAGCUGGGCGCCCAGUUCUCCAUCACGAGGGACGAGGUCGACGACUUCGCGCUCCGCUCGCAGCAGAGGUGGAAAGCGGCCAACGACGCCGGUGUCUUCAAAGCUGAAAUCGAACCCGUCACAUUAACUAUUAAGAAGAAGCAAGUGAAAGUGGAGGUCGAUGAGCAUCCUCGCCCUCAGACUACGCUCGAGGGUCUGAAGAAGCUUCCCCCCGUAUUCAAAAAGGAAGGUCUCGUUACUGCCGGUACUGCGUCGGGUAUAAGCGACGGUGCUGGAGCCCUGGUUCUCGCUAGCGAGGAGGCCGCAAAGAACCUGAAGCCGCUGGCCAGGCUCGUAGGUUGGUCCUACGUCGGUGUGGACCCCAGCAUCAUGGGCGUCGGUCCGGUUCCCGCCAUCGAGAACCUUCUCAAAGUCACCAAGCUGACUCUUAACGACGUGGACCUAAUCGAGAUCAACGAGGCGUUCGCGGCGCAGACGCUGUCGUGCGCGAAGGCGCUGAAGCUCGACAUGGAGAAGCUCAACGUGAACGGCGGAGCCAUCGCGCUCGGACACCCGCUCGCCGCCUCGGGCAGCCGCAUCACCGCGCACCUCGUGCACGAGCUCAGACGGCGCGGGCUGAAGCGCGGUAUCGGCUCGGCGUGCAUCGGCGGCGGACAGGGCAUCGCAGUCAUGGUUGAAACAGUCUAACAUGUUACUAUCGAACGACCAAAGCGCCAUAGGUAUACAGUGGACAUUCCCCGCCUACGUACGAAGCGCUUUGAGUCCGUUAAUUGUAAAAAAAAAAAUACAAGACCAAUUUCCUGUCCAUUAUUUGUUACUUAAUCGUCUUAUGAGGUAUUUC